AUGCUCAAGCUGACAUUCAUCGCUCGGCUUUCUGAUUCACUGCCGUUGGCUGAAUCGAUUGAUGAAAAAGAUGGAGAGGAUGACAACAUCACUAAAUCAGUAAUUAGUAACGGAAAAAAAUCAAACAAUAAUCAACCCGAUCCCUAUGAGCAAUAUAAAACUCAACGAAAAAAAAUUUUGGAGCAAUUAGCAUUGUUAGGAUCAAACUCAAAUGAAAAGAUGAGCAUUGAUAGUGGAUCUAUGGUUUUUCACACUCUCACCAGCUCUGGUUUAAUAUAUAUGACCCUUUGCGAAAAAUCAUACAGUUCUCAAUUAGCAUAUGCUUUUUUAGAUGAAUUAAAAAAGGAAUUUGAACAAUUGUAUGGAUCUGAGGUCCAUAAAGUAGAACGACCAUAUGCAUUUAUGAAAUUCGAUACAUUUAUUCAAAAGACACGAAGAGUUUACACCGAUUUACGUACUAAACGAAAUUUACAAAUAUUGAAAGAUGAAUUGCAAGACGUCCAUCACAUUAUCAAAAAGAAUAUUAGCGAUGUUAUUGGAAGAGGGGCUCAAUUAGAACAAAUGGGUGCCAUGAGUAAUGAAAUCUUAGACGGUGCUAAAAAGUUUAAAAUGCAAGCAGCAGAGCUAGCUGAUUUAACAUUCUGGAAAAAGUACAAAAUAUUUAUUAUCAUUGCGGCGGUAAUUCUGUUUUUACUGUUGCUCCGUUAUGUAUUGUUCUAA